UCCACUCUCCAGAAUUUAUUCAAGUCGAACACAUCCGUUUACUGUUGCUCUAUAGCUCCAUUACAACAUACAUGUAUAUUGUCAAAAUUGUUUGUUCUGUUUAGGGAAGGAAAUCGAGUUUAGUAAGUAGACGAUGUAUGUUCAGUCUGCAAAAUUCCAAAUCGUCUUUAGUUUGCUUAGAGAAUCCACAAAUAUUUUUUAGCUUACCAAACAAGAACGAAAGAAAACACAAUCCCUAUAUAUAUGUAUAGAGUGUUGAUAUAUAUAUAUAUAUAUAGCGUGUAUCUAUGGUGAAGAAUUGUAGCAAUUGCAAUUAUUGAUCAUAGAUUUCCGAUAAGUGAGUAGCUCGUAGCUCGCAGCUCGCAGCUCGCAUCGCGCAGCUCGUAGCUCGUAGUCGCGGCCCGCGUCUCAAUAGCAACGCGCUCUGUUGUUGCUGUUGCAGUUGCUGUUGCAGUUGCAGCUGCAGUUGCAGUUGCAGUUGCUGGUGUUGUUUACACGUUAUGAAACGGCGUCUCUAUGUUGUUUAAGCUGAUCAUGGGCCAGACACUAUCGGAACCGGUGACCACCAAGGACUCGUCGCGCUGCUCCAACUCCUUAUACUUAGUGGGCAGCAGCUGCAUGCAGGGCUGGCGCGUCGAAAUGGAGGACGCCCACACACAUAUUCUAUCCCUGCCUGACGAUCCCAACACCGCCUUCUUCGGCGUCUACGACGGCCAUGGGGGCGCGGCUGUGGCCAAGUUUGCGGGCAAGCACUUGCACAAGUUUAUUACCAAGCGGCCGGAAUACUUCGGCAGCUCCAUCGAAUUGGCCAUGAAGCGCGCCUUCCUCGACUUCGACCGCGAGAUGCUGCACAACGGCGGCUGGGGCGAGCAGAUGGCUGGCUCCACGGCCUGUGUGGUGCUGAUCAAGGAUCGGCGCCUCUACUGUGCCAAUGCCGGCGACUCGCGAGCCAUUGCCAGCGUGGGCGGUGCGACGAUCGCCCUCUCCGAGGACCACAAGCCCUGCAACGAUGGGGAGGUGAAGCGCAUUCUGGCCGGCGGCGGUCGCGUAGAGAACAAUCGCGUCAACGGCAACUUGGCCCUGUCCCGUGCGCUGGGCGACUUCAUGUACAAGCGAAAUACCAGCAAGAGGCCGGAGGAGCAGAUUGUCACUGCUAACCCGGACGUGACGACCUGCGAUAUCGACGACACUUGGGAGUUCAUUCUGUUGGCCUGUGACGGCAUCUGGGAUGUGAUGAAUUCCCAGCAGGUGGGUGACUUUGUGCGCGAGCGCAUCGGCUACGGCAUGCAGCCAGACGUGAUCUGUGAGGAGCUGAUGACCUACUGCCUGGCACCGAAUGCCUACAACUAUGGACUGGGCGGCGACAAUAUGACCGUUAUACUCGUAUGCAUGCUGCACGACAAACCCUACGAGGACCUGAAGGUGCGCUUCGGCUUCAAGACAGGUGGCGUUGGCGAUGCCUUGCCAGUCCUAAAGUAUCAAUUGCCGAGACCUACCAGCAAUCGUCAUCUGGAGAGUGCCUGAGCUGGCGUUUUUGGAUCUGAGAUUUGCAGACUUUGUUUCGUUUUUGUUAAUCGUUGAAGACCUUUUUUUUUGGCAUAUCACAUAAUUCACUCAAAGUUUCAACAUUCGACAAUGCUGACAUGUAGUUUUGUACCUACCUCACUACAUAUAUGUAUAUGCGUACAUGCAUCUAUAGUUUUGGCUAGCCGAUCUUAUCAUCAGACAUAUCUCACAGGCCCUACCCAAAAAUCCAGUAGCUCUUUAAAUUCCCAGUCAUAUACGCUAUUAUUAGUCAAUUGCAAAAUAAAACAACUUGAAUUGCAAAAAACUUUUGAUGCAUUGCUAAAAAGAUUGUCUAAUAAAGCGUUAAGCCGAAUGUGGAAGGCAGUUUUCAGCUAUAGAUGGCGCCUUACCUGUUUGACGAAA